AUGUUACAACCAUUUCUGUUCUUAUUGCUUAUAAAGCUACUGCCGAAACACUUGACUGCUCAGCCACCGAGUAGUUGUCAGUUUGACUCGGAAAAAUUCAAUGAGUCGCUGCAGCAUGCGCCGAUUGUUAUAAGUGCUACCGUACUGCAAAUUACCAUCGAUCCGAGAAAUAACCAUCUGCAGGUAUUCCUCGAUCUUAAAAUUGAGUUAGUUUUGUUGUUGCUUGCGGUUUAG